AAGAUAUAUUCUGUGACCUCCAGCAGUGACGGCUUAAAAAAUCUGGCUGCAAAGCGCAGGGUUGCAGGGUGUAACCGGGUGGCUCAGAGGCAGGGCACUAUCUGCAGGCGUGGCCAGGGAGGGCACGUGUUUGAUACCGCUUCCCCGUCGCUGGGGUCUGGGGCGUCUCCGGUGCUAUCUUUAAAGAACACAAGUGAAAGGGGACGUGGGUGUGACCUAUAGCCUUGUCUCCGAGGGGUACAAUAAAGUUUAAGAAGUUUGAAAAGGGGUGUGGCCGGAGCUCGGCGAGGCGCCUGGAGAAGGGUGCGCGACAUGGGGGUCACCGUGGACGUUCACCAGGUGUUCCAGUACCCCUUCGAGCAGGUGGUCGCUUGCUUCCUCCGAAAGUACCCCAACCCCAUGGAUAAUAAUGUCAUCGCUGUAAAAACUGUGGAAGAAAAGAAAGAUGAAUCAACAGGACUCAUCUAUAGAAAGAGGAUUGCUAUCUGUCAGAAUGUGGUGCCAGAAAUUUUAAGAAAGGUGAGUAUUUUAAAGGUACCUGAUAUCCGACUAGAAGAGGAAUCGUGGCUCAGUCUUCAGAAGAGGAACAUGGCUAUCCGGAGUCACUGCCUCACGUGGACACAGUAUGCAUCCAUGAGGGAAGAGUCUGUCUUCCGGGAAAGUGUGGAAAACCCAAAUUGGACAGAGUUUAUUCAAAGAGGCAGAAUUUCAAUCACGGGGGCUGGAUUUUUCAACUGUAUUUUGGAAACUUUUGCUAGUGCAUUCUUAAGACAGGGAGCCCAGAAGAGUGAAGAGAGCAUUGGUUCCCACUUCACAGAGUCCUUGGAAGGAGUAAAUGCGUUAUAUAAAACAACACAGGGAAUUAGAAUAAUGGAGACACUGCUAAAGGAACAGUGUGGUGCUCCCUUAGUGGAAUAAAAAUCAUCAUCUAGAAACGAAUCCCCAAGACCAGAAUGCAAAAUUCUCCCAAAUAUGCAGCUUCCUGAAUGCUGACCUAAAGUGUGGUGUGACAAAGUUUAUGCCCGACCUUAUGGGGUGGGUGUCAGUCCAAACAAGGUAAACUGAAAGUAUUGUAUGUAAAUUAUCUUAUGAGUAUACAGUCUAUAGGAAAAGAAAAUGAAAUUAGUGUUUACGCUUGGGUUCUAAUCCCAGGGAAUCUUAUUAUGUAUGUGCAAAUAUUGCAAAAAUAUGAAAAAAUUUUUAAUCCAAAAUACUUCUGGUUCCAGGCAGUUUGGAUAAGGGAUACGUAAUAAACAUAUACUCCCCACCACCUGAAAUGCUGUUUUGAAGGAAUCCGAAUCUUAGGAAUAGUAUUUGGGCUCUGGCUUGAAUGUCUUGAGUGAUUAGGAGUAUUUGUCCUGGGCUCAGACUAGCAAUUCAGAAUUAUCUUUGGCCAACUUAAAGGGACACUACAAACAGUUUUCUAUAAUAAACCUGGUGUUUCAGUUGUAGUAUACAAUGAAACCGAGAGCAAUUAACCAAAGAAGAAUUGAUAGGCCCCCUUCACACGCUAGUACCUUGAGUUUAAACCCUGCAGCCAUGCCUCUGGACAGACACUUGGUUGGAAAGCUGAGUUUCUGUUUAUUUGCAAGUUGAACACCCACCAUUCUGAUGAAUGCUUAGCUUUAUACACUUGAUAUAGCAUAGAUCUCAAUGUUACUGUAAGGCUAAAACAGCUAAUUUUAGUUAAUACAAGCAUGGAACAUAGUAGGUGCUCAUAGAGUGUUAGAAUUGAAUCUAAAUAUGGCUUGCUUGUAUUGCCACCCUGUUCUUUAAACAGAUUGUAAAGAACUUGGCUACAUCCCCGUUUUUCUAGGCUACAUAUUUGUGAGGCUCACUAUGUUAGUUACUCUGCCCACUACAGUGAUAAAGUACCUUGAUGUGGGAGUGUCAUAUCAAUCUGUUGAUUUCAUUGGUUGAGCAAUAAACCAACUGCUUGGCCUCAUAGCUUAGAACAUAGAUGGGAGGAGAAAACAGAAUAGAAUUCUGGGCGGAAGAGGAAGUGAGGUCAGACUCUGCUCUGCUUCCAGAGGGACCGAACAGCUCUGCUCGCUGGAGCAGAGACACCAUGAUGGACGGAGGCUAGAAUCUUCCCGGUAAGCGCACCUUGGGGUGCUUACACACAUCAUAAGAAAUGGGCUAGUACAGGUGUGAGAAUUAGCCUGUAAGGGCUAGAGUUCAUGGGCCAAGCAGUUCUUAAAUGAUUACAGUUUGUGUGUUGUUAUUUCGGGCAUGAGCUA